GUUCCAUGAACAUGCCUUCAAAUAGUCAUGGUCCAUGGGAGGUUAUAAUCAUUCAGUGCCAUCCUCUCAAAGCAUGCCUGGACAGAAUCAGAUGACAAUGAGCCAAGGACAGCCUAUGGCAAACUAUGGUCCUAGACCAAUAUAACCAUGCAACCAAAUCAAGGCCCAAUGAUGCACCAGCAGCCGCCUUCUCAACAGUAUAACAUGCCCCAGGGAGGUGGGCAACAUUAUCAGGGACAGCAGCCACCAAUGGCAAUGAUGGGUCAAGUUAACCAAGGAAACCAUAUGAUAGGACAGAGGCAGAUUCCUCCAUACAGACCACCACAGCAAGGCCCACCACAGCAGUACUCAGGCCAGGAAGACUAUUAUGGGGACCAAUACAGUCAUGGUGGACAAGGUCCUCCAGAAGGCAUGAACCAGCAAUAUUACCCUGAUGGUCAUAGUGAUUACGGUUAUCAGCAACCGUCGUAUCCUGAACAAGGCUACGAUAGGCCUUAUGAGGAUUCCUCCCAACAUUACUACGAAGGAGGAAACGCGCAAUAUGCUCAGCAGCAAGAAGCCUACCAAGCACCGCCUCAGCAGCAAGGCUAUCAACAGCAGCAGUAUCCAGGUCAGCAAGGUUACCCUGGGCAGCAGCAAGGUUAUGGUGAGUAAAUAUAUAGUCAGGGGUAUACAACCUAUGGCCCUAUAUAGUUGAGCUUCAACUCCCAUGAGCCUUGGCCAUCAUGGCCAAUGGUCAGAGAGGAUGGGAGGUGAAAUCCAGCCAUUUUUGGAAGGCUACGGUUUCCCCAUUACUGGGCUUUCUGCUUUUAGUUUACUCCUUUAUCCUUUUGUAGCUGUCUGUGGAACCAAAAUGUCAAUUUACCAGCAGCAAUAGAGCAUUUAUGCACCAACAGUCACAGAAGGUUCAAAUCCACAGGCAGUUUAUAAAGCAGGAUUAUACACACACUCCCCAUGUGGCUAUGGGGAGAGCAUGGAGAGUUUUCACUUCUGUUAUUAAACUAACCAGUAAACCAUAUGCCUUGAAAAAUUUGUUUUCAGAUAACACUUCUCCACUCUGUUAAAAGUAACAUUUGAAAGCAGCAGUUUCAAAAUCGUUUUUGACAUCCUUUGGCUCAGUUCCCUUCCUACACAGUAAUUGGGAAGGCCGUAGGUAGAAUAUGCCUAAUACACACAUUUGAAUUGCCAUUAUUUGUAAGUUAGUCUUGUUUAUUUCUGUAUAACUUCCAAGUCAAAUAAACUCAAGAUCACAGCCUUCACGGUGUUAAUUUAAAACAAUAUUUUUGGUCUCCUAUAAGUUCUGAAAUUGAAACAGACUGUGAUAAGAGUGCAUUUGUGUGUUUUAUCUUUUGCUUUUAUUCAAACUGAGCAACUCUCAAAAUCAGUGUUGCUGAUGUGCUAGUUUUUCUAAUUUCAGCAUCUCUUAAUAUUUUCUAAAGCUUUAAUAUGUUUCGUACAUAAAUAGAAAGAUCAGUGCCUAACCUUGCUCUGAACCAUUUUGCAAUAUGAAGUAAACAUAAUAUAGAUAUUUUCAUCCUCAUUGAAUAACUGCCUAAGAUGCAGACUGCAAUCUGUGCACGCAAACUGAAGGUCACUGAAGUGAAGCUUCUGUGAACAAAUUUCUGCCUGGUUAAGGAAUUCAUUGGGUUGUAUCCAAUGCAAUAUUCGUACAAGGAUGCUUAUAUAGAGGGAAUUCUGAAACCCCCCCCCCCCU